AUGGGAAAUCAUCUUGACACUCCUGGCCAAAACUUUGUUCUAGGACUCCGGAUUACCAGUGCCAUAGUGAGUAACAUCUUGAAAAACUAUGUAUUCCCCUUGUUUCUCUACUACAUCUACCAGUACGCCUUCUUAAUAACAGCCUCAGUGCAGUUUGCUGAGGGGACAGUAAUCUUCUUCACACUCUGGGUAUCACCAAAAGAUCUUGGCCUGGUAGAUGCCGUAGCGUUUGAAAGGCUCACAUUCCAUCGUGCUGUAGCAAAUGACAUCCGUGACGUAGAAGUACUCGAAAACAAUAUCUUGAAUGGGGAGAAUGAGCAAGAUGAUGAUAGAGUACAUCGAAUGCCAUCAUUUGCCUUCCGUUGCCUCUAUGGGUUUGUACUCUACACCAUGGCCUAUGCCAGCUUGAUAUACAGAGAAGAUUUUUUCUUCUUCUGGAUGCCCUUCUAUCUAGAUGACAACUUUCCACAGGCAGGCCAACUUUCCAUCUGGUAUGUUGUUGGAGUGGCUUUAGGGGGAGUAUUUCAAACCUUACUCUCAGAAAGAGUCCAGAAGAGAUCUCCUGUGUUAGCUGUGUGUCUAGCCAUUGGGUUCCUGGUUAGAUAUAGCUAUUUCCCCCGACACAUGGCUCUCAGUGUACUGCUGAUGUCAGUUGUAGGUCUUUUCAUCAAGAAAACCUCUACUAUAUUCAGUUCUACCAUCUUCCCUGAACUGAAUGCCCAUGGGCGAAUACACGGGAGUAGAGAAGUCUGGGCUAUAAUUACGGGCAUUGUGAAUGGAAUUAGAAGGAUGGGUGCAGCAACAGAGCAGUUUUUAACAUCUCUGCUCCAAAACAAAUUGGAAGGGACGUGGAUUUUCUAUUUUUUUGUGUUUAUCACAGUUUGCACCAUUCUCUUUAUUUCCCGACUACUGAGGAAAAUAAGAGGUCUUACACAGAGGCCAUUUAUACCCAUAGAGGAUGACCAGGAUCCCUAG